GGCGGUGGCCCGGAGGGGCGCGCUCGGCCCGUGAGGUGCGGGCGUUUGGAGCCCGCCCGCUCGCCUAGCGGCUGCGGCGGACACAUGUGCGGGUCGGGAUGUCUGGGCUGCCCACCGUCCCGGAGCAGAGGUGCCUCGAGCAGAGCGCGCCGGACGGGCGGCGCGCAGGCUUCGUGCUGGGGCUGGACGUGGGCAGCUCGGUGAUUCGCUGCCACGUCUAUGACCGCGCGGCAAGGAUCUGCGGCUCCAGCGUGCAGAAGGUAGAAAGUCUUUAUCCUCAAGCUGGCUGGGUUGAAAUUGAUCCUGAUGUUCUCUGGCUUCAGUUUGUUGCUGUAAUAAAGGAAUCUGUCAAAGCCGCAAGAAUAGAGAUGAAUCAAAUUGUCGGUCUUGGCAUUUCAACACAGAGAGCCACUUUCAUUACGUGGGACAAGAAAACGGGAAAGCAUUUCCACAACUUCAUUAGUUGGCAAGACCUAAGAGCUAUUGAACUUGUAAAAUCUUGGAAUAGUUCUCUUUUAAUGAAGCUCAUACACAGUUCCUGCCGAGUGCUGCACUUUUUCACUAGAAGUAAACGAUUUUUAGCAGCCAGUUUGUUCACUUUCACAACCCAGCAUGUUUCUUUGAGAUUGGCCUGGAUUUUGCAGAACCUGACUGAGGUACGAAAGGCAAUUGAAGAAGAAAAUUGCUGCUUUGGGACUGUUGAUACCUGGUUGUUACAUAAGCUCACAAAAGGUUCUGAAUUUGCCACGGAUUUUUCAAAUGCCAGUACAACUGGACUUUUUGACCCAUUUGAGAUGUGUUGGAGCAAGUUCAUUGCCUCCCUGCUUUCGAUCCCACUCUCUGUCCUGCCUCCCGUGAAGGAUACGAGCCACAAUUUUGGAUCAGUGGAUGAAGAGAUAUUUGGCGUGCCUAUACCAAUAGUGGCCUUGGUCGCUGACCAGCAAUCAGCCAUGUUUGGAGAAUGCUGCUUCCAGAGAGGAGAUGUGAAGUUAACCAUGGGAACUGGAACUUUUUUGGAUAUUAAUACUGGAAAUAACCCUCAACAGAGUGUUGGAGGCUUUUAUCCAUUAAUUGGGUGGAAGAUUGGGCAGGAAGUGGUGUGCUUAGCUGAAGGCAAUGCAGGAGACACCGGCACUGCCAUACAAUGGGCUCAACAGUUAGAUCUGUUCACAGAUGCUGCUGAAACUGAAAAAAUGGCCAAAAGUUUGGAAGAUUCUGAAGGAGUUUAUUUUGUUCCGUCUUUUAGUGGAUUGCAGGCUCCAUUAAAUGACCCCUGUGCAUGUGCCUCUUUUAUGGGUUUGAAGCCUUCCACCAAUAAAUACCAUCUUGUACGAGCAAUAUUGGAGUCAAUAGCUUUCAGAAACAAACAGUUAUACGAGGUGAUGCAGAAAGAGAUUCAUAUUCCUGUAAGAAAAGUCCGGGCAGAUGGAGGUGUUUGUAAGAACAGUUUUGUCAUGCAGAUGACUUCAGACCUGAUUAAUGAGACUAUAGACAGACCCGUCCACGUUGAUAUGUCGUGCGUAGGUGCAGCUUCUCUAGCUGGCCUUGCUGUUGGGUUUUGGACUGACAAGGAGGAGCUAAAGAAACUGAGGCAAAGUGAAAUGGUAUUCAAGCCACAGAAGAGAUGGCAAGAAUAUGAGAUGAAUAUGGGAAACUGGGUGAAAGCAGUGAAACGCUCCAUGAAUUGGUAUAACAAGACGUAGCGCUGAUGGAAUGACUGAGACCACGGCUGGCUGGCUGCUGUGACAUGCACAAGAGACAAAGCUCAGGGCUAACAGCACGGUGCUCAGUGAGAGGAGAAAACAAACUGAGCUUUGCAACCUGAGAGAAAAAGCACUGCUUUUUUUUGAAAACAAAACAAAAAAAACCCCUCAUUUAAAAAAUCUAAACCUUGGUAAGAUUGUAAGGCAACAAUACCUCAGAACUUUUAAAUCUUCUGUUUUGUAGCAAAUCCCAAAGGAUGGUAGCCAUUUCCAACCAUGUUUUGACAGUCAUGGGUCCUCCUCCUUUUCAUAGUGGGCCCAUAUGAAUAUAAUUGUUUACUGUCUGAGUUAAUAGUUCUGGGUCAAGCACCAUUUGUGUUUUGUUCCAAAAUGAUGUGAAAAGUGUUCCCUUAAUUCUUUAAAAUGAAAUGGACUGUUUGAAGUCCAUAUAGCUAAAAAGAAAGAAUAACUGAGGAAAUGUGGAAUUUUGAAACAUUAAUGUUUCUCUAUUUAAAGCCAUAAUUGUUCAGUGUUGUAUCCAAAUAUGAGCCUAAUAUGUCUCUCUCAGAUAGGCUUAUUUGUUAUUCAAUUCUUUCCUUUAUUGGGUUUAAAGACACUGCCUUAAUUUUUCCUUGUUUAACCAAAAUCUGAGCUUUCUAUAUUAAAAAACACUGAAAAAAAUCACUUUAGUUAAUAAAACCAAAAAAGGGUAUUGAUUCAUAAGGAAUAAGAAAAUACUUUCCUCCUCAGCAUUUCUUUUCAAAAAAUUUUUGGCUAAAGUAUAACAUCUCAUUUUUUCCAAAAUGCAGGUAGUAAAUAUAAAUCUUGCCUUUCUUCUCCUGUUCUCUGUCUUUCUUACUUGUUGAGAUGCUAGUGUAAACAUCUUUUGUUUUUAUUAAGUGCCUAAUUGACAGAGCUUAAUUUGAAGAAAGUGCCCUAAUUUAUUGGUGACUUAAGAAUUGCCUUAGUGGGGAUAUUUUGCUUGUCCGGGUAUCUUUCUUACUUUUGCCCAGUCUCCUCAUCUCUCUGAGAUUUGUGCAGGGGGGUGGCUGACGGGGGAGGCUGGCGGUGUACUCAUGCUAGUGACUGCCCCUCCGCAGACAGAUGCACAGAGAGGAGCUGGCAGAGUUCUACAUUUUCAGCCUCUUGAUAGAAACAAGGGAAAGGACUAAGAGUUGCAAGUAGCUUCGGGCCAAAUGUAAAAUUGUCCUAAGGAAAGUUGACCACUUCCCAGCCUGUUCUCAUGUUACUUGUGGACGAGGUUCCUUUUUGAUUUGCAGCGACAGUGUAUGUAUUUCCCUCUUGGUCAGACUGUAUGACAUAAAGUCCUGCCAUUACAGAGCUCGCUGUUAAAUAAUAAUGUAAUUGAAGAAGGGACUGUUAUAGGGAAGUUUGCGGUUGCUCUCAUAUAUGUCCAUUUCAGAGACAGGUAAUAGAUAUUAGAUUUGGAAAUAUUUCUUGUUAAGUCGAGGUGUUUUGUUUACUGUAAUGAGUCAGAUCCCCUUAUGUAGAUAAUAUCUUAUUCUUCUUUUCACUUUCUGUUUUUCACACCCUUUUUUACAAAGCUUAGUGGCCAAUUAAAAGCUUUCUUAUCAAAGUCAUAUGAAAGCCGCUCUGUUUUACUGUUUCUUAUAGAGUCGACCUCUCAGUGGGUAUGAUUUCCAUAAGAAAUAAUUGUCUUUUUAAUUAUUAAAAUAAUUCAGUAUAUUGGGAUAUCUGAAUUGUGAUAUUAUUAAUACCUAAACAUUUGUUAGUUCAUUCAUUUUCCUCAUCGUUCUUUCUCAUCAUAAAACCACAAAAUAUCUUUUAGAUAAUGUAGGAAAAUAACUUUGAAUAUCUUUUACUGGAAUUGAGCAUCUCCUUAAAAAUCAGUGGAUAAUUUUUUUGUCUGUUAGUUUAGAAGUUAAUAUUUUUAAUAUUUCUGGCCUUUUUUUUUUUUUUAGUAACACAGUUUACUAAAUCUUUUGUCAGAUUUGACCUAAAUCAGAAACAUGACCACAUUUGCUUUUGUGGUUGUAGAAACUGUUGAUUAUCAAAAUCAAUUGUGCAUAAAAUUGUCCUAUCGUUCAAGUUUAUUUUUCAUAUGUAUGCUAAUAAUUGAAGUUAAAAAAAUUUCUAUGCUAACAUUUCUCAGCAUGUUUUAUUUUCUCACUAUGGAUCUAUCAGAUAUUUUUAGGAGAUCUGUAACUGUCUUAUCAAGGAGGAGAAUCUUCUUGUACAAUCCUUCUUAAAGUGGUACUAAAUGCUUUUAUACUAUAGACUUACUGAUUUCUAAAUUUUUUUUAAUAUCCAGCCAUGACAUGAUUUCUCAGCCUCAGCAUCCCUGACAUUUGAGGACAGAUAAUUCUUUAUUUUGGGGUGCUGUGGAUUAUAGGAUGCUUAGCAGAUCCCUGACCUUUACCCACCACUUAUGAUGAGAAAAUGUUCCCAAACAUUGCCAAUGCUCCGUGGGAGACAAAGGCACCCCCAGUUGAGAACCACUGAUGUAGACUGUUGGAAGAAAAUUGAAGAGUCGGUGAAUGUAGAAUGUCUAUCAUACUCCUUUUCUCUGUGCUUCAUUUUUACCUUAGGAAAUGGUUGUUAGCAAAAAGAAGUGGUAGUAUCUUAAAAUAAAUAGCGUUUCUACUUUGCUGGUUAUUGAGGUGAAAAAAAAUGUCAUGUUGUAACUGUCUUCUGCUGUUUUUAUGCUCCCACACUCACCGCCACGUCUGUGGUCUUAAUGAGUGGGUUUAUGACUUCAGUAUGGGAUGAAUGUAGUCUCCAGAUCAUCUUUGAUUUGAUCUGCCUUUUUGUUUCCUUUUUAUCUCUGAACAAAGGAGAUGAUUACUCUUUUAUCUGCCUCUGUGCAAGCCUCCACCAAACUAGAAGUUCUCUGAAAGCAGAAACCAUGUCUGCUUCCACAGAACUUAACUCUGUGCCUUCUUAUUUGUGGGAUGAAUUUUUACUUUGUGUUUGUAAGUGCAGCUUUUCUUGCAUGUACAGUUUAUCCUUGAUGUUCCCUAUGUUUAUUGAUAGGGAGCAGCUUCUACUUGUUACAGUAAAACGUUUUGUUGGAUUAAGAAGGACUACUUUGUUACGAGAGCUAGAAUCCUCAUACUAUUUAUUUGAAAAUUCCUUGUAUGUUUAUAUAUUCGCAUAUCUAUUUGUGUAGAGAUACACAUGCAUAAAUACACAUACUAACUUUCUAAGGUGCAAUUGAAGCCUUUAUUCACAGGUCUUGUGUAUUUGACUGCAGAUGACUAACAGAUUGAAUCUUAGGAAUGCCAGACCCUCUCAUGUUAGAGGGAGGAAACUUCAGAAAUAGCCCCUUUUGCAAGGCACUUAUACUAAGGACCAGUCUUUAAUUACAAAAUAAUCUAGCCCAGGAGUUUGGCAGUAAUUUUAAAAUUCUUUGAGGUGAGACAUAGCUGGACCCUGGGGUUUCUCAGCUUUAAGUGAUUGUAGGUCAUCCCAGAGAUAGCCUAGAAGGCUUGAAUCUAUCCCAGAGGAUUCUGAAUCCCUUUCAGAAGUUUAUAACAUGUUUCUCAGCUAGAAUUAAAAGCCCAAAACACACCCUGGAUCUACCUGGUCCUAGAGUCUUCGUCUUGCAUACCCAAAGCCAGGUCAUCUGGUUCAAACCAGCCUAAAGGGGUAUCCCCAAAGAAGUCAAAUAGGCCAUCAAGAAUCGCACUGUUCUUUUUACACUUCGGAUCCUCAUAGCUGUAAAUAUUUCGGCACCAGCCUCUAUUGUGGGUCACUGGUUAUUUUGUCACCAUGUUCCAUGGGACCCCUACCCCUAGAGGGAUGCGGGAAUGAUCAUGGGAAUGGGAAUGACAGAGGCAGGAACCUGCAAAAUCAGGGGUUUCUGAAAUUCUCUAUUAUUUCCACUCUUUCCCUCCACUUUACAUUACAUUUGGUUUAUUAAAGAAAAAUGGCUAUGUCUGUACAGAUACCUAUAUUGUUUAGAAAAUAAAUGAUAAGAUUUCCAAUUUAAACGAGCCAUAUCUUUACAAGAAACUGCCAAACUGUGUUCUACAGUAGCUGUACCAUUUUACAUUCCCACCAGCAACGUGUGAGUGAUCCACUUUCUCCACGUUCUCACCAGCAUUUCAUGUUGUCACCAUCUUUUACUUUAGCUGCUGCGAUAAGUGUGUGGCUUUCUCAUUGUGGAUUGAAUUUGCAUUUCCCAAAUUGAUAAUGACUUUGAACAUCUUUUCAUGUGCUCUUUUGCCAUCUGUUUAUCCUCCAGCGAAAUGUCUGUCCAUGUCUUUUGUCCAUUGGCUAAUUGGGUUGUUUGCUAAAAGAGCCAUAUCUUUAAAAGAACAUCUUUUUUAAAAACUUAAAAAAAAAAAAUCAGUCCAGUGACUUAAGAAGUCAUUAAGUAGCAUUUUCAAAUCCUUCUGGGCAAAAUGUAUACAGCAUUUGAACAUGAUUUUGUAAUGUAGUGAGCAGAAGAGCUCUCGUAUUCCUUCCAUACUCAUUACAUAGUGUGGUACUCACACUAUGUAAUAGCAAAAAAGUUUCAAAGAUACCUUAACUUAGAAUGUUAAGUAAAGUGUAUAAAUACAUUUUGUAUAUAGCUAUCGUAAUGCUAAAAAUAUUUUUUUUAUUUAAAAUAAGCUGAUUCGUGUAAAUGUUCCAGAGUAAUUUUGUGGAAAAUUAAUUCAAAAUUGUCCUGUUUGUGCAAGACAGUUAAUGUAGAUUCCAGUUUGUAUGCAUCAGUAAAUUUAUAAUCUUAUUUCUUUGAUGGUCUUUAUGAAUUUCAUUCUUUUAUUAAAUAGUCAUUUAGAACAUCAUAAAUCACAGUUAAAAUCUAUAGAUAAAAUCAAGGAUGGAGAAUAAAAGGAAUCUUUUUCAUGUGUAUGUGAAUUUUCCCCUUAACUUUUUGUCUACUUUAACUUUUGGAUUUAUUUUUUAAUUUUAAAUUCUUAUUUAAUAGUAUUUCCUGUUUUGGUUUCUGCACAUUAAGAAUGUCACAGAGAAAUAAGCAUAUGUUAACUUCAGUUGUGAUUCAAGAUAAUUUUGGGCUUGUGUUUCCCUUUUAACUGGAAGAAGAAAAAAAUGGGGCUUAAUAUAUGGUUAGAGAAGAAAGGUUUUCUGUAACCCUGCCUCUUUAGAUCCUGUUUAGGCUUAUUCUAUAUUGUGCAUUCUUGCACAAAGGAAAUUACUAGAGAUGAAAGUUAACUCUUUGUAGUGGAAAAAAGAUGAUACAAUCUACUGUGAAAAUAAACUGUAUAUUUAAAUGUUUGGAAAAUUUUUAAAUAACUGGAGGAAAAAUAAUUUCAAAUGCUAAUAUGAUGGAAUUAACCUAGCAACUGUUAAAAGUCCAUUAUGAAAAUUAUUAAAAUUAUUUGGGAAAUUAUAAUGAACAGUGAGUGGUUUGUACAUAUUGUGUAUUAAAGCCAUUUUUUUUAGUGUUUCUCUGUUUGUUGCUUCACAUCCGCACUCAUAAAUAGUGACAUCCUGAUGAUGAUGGUGGAGGAAUCAGUCAGACAAACUGGAUUCUCUUCCCUGACUGAAGUGGAGCCCAUGGUUCAUUCUGUAGUAGGAAUUUUGAAGGAUGAUAAACAUUCAAUUAUUUGAAGAAAGGAAGGGGUAUGGUUUUGAUUUUAUUUUUGUUCAAAGUCAUAUUAGUCUAAUGAGGAAGACAAGGAAGGGGCAGAUAUGUGAAGCUGACGUUUUUGAAAUUUGUGACUAUAAAUUGUAUUAAAUAUUAUAAAAUUAUUAUUAGGGAAUUCCCUGGCGGGCCAGUGGUUAGGACUUCAUGCUUUCACUGCCAAAGGCCCAGGUUCGAUCCCUGGUCAGGGAACUAAGAUCCCACAAGCUAUGCAGCACGGGCAAAAAAUACAGGCAUAUGUAUAUGUAUUUGGCUAUGUAUAUGUAAUCUGGCUAUGUAAAAUAAAUUGUAGGAAAAAAUA